AUGGCGGGGCCGGGGCGGGACGUGGCCGGGCUGCGCGUGUGCCCGGCCGAGCUGCGCUUCCCGGACGCGGUGCCCGGCGGCCGCUACCGGGCGCAGUUGUGCGUCCAGAACCUGCAGGCAGGGACCCGCCGCCUCCGGCUGCUGCAGCCGCGCCAGCCGCAAUUUAAACUUUUUGUGGACAAUCCAAAUAAAUCUGUUGCUUCUGGUCUUCAAGUUACGGCUACUGUGGAAUAUCAUCCUGACUGUGAGGAAGAUCUUCUAGAUCGACUUCUGCUCUUGGUGGAAGAAGAUGUCAUUGAUAUCCCUUUAAUAGGAUUAAUUCCACGCUGUUUUCUGGAAAUUGAGCCGAAGAUUAAUUUUGGCACAGUGAUUGCAAACAGUAAAAUAAUUAGUAAAGAGAUUAGUAUUACUAACCAUGGAUCAUCUCCAGGUGCAUUUAAAAUAACGUAUAGUGGAAGCGUCCCUCUUAACAUUCUACCUACCAGUGGAGUGGUGGAACCCAAAGCAGUGCAUUUGGUUAAAGUGGAUAUAUGCACAGACAUACCCAGAAUAAUUAGGGAAGAGGCAAUAGUGGAAUUACAGGAUCGUGGUAGCACAGAGUUAAGGAUUGAAGCUACUGUGGUUGAACAAAUUCUUGAACUAUUAGGUGCAUCUCAUGGAAAUAUUUUGGAAUGUAUUAAUUUUGGAUCUGUCUAUUUUGGAUCUUCCAAGACUGAAGAAGUAGUUCUAUGCAAUAAAAGCCCAGAGACCAUGAACUGGGUUGCAGUGCUGGAAGAUGAUGCUGUUGGAGGAGAGAUGGGCACCGAUAUUCAGAAAAGUACAGAUGCUGUUUUACAAGACAUAAACUUCUUAGAUAGAACAAGAGAACUAGAUGUUUGCAGUUUAAUCUCCUGCAUUCCCAAUCAAGGAACCUUGCAGCCUUAUCAAAAAACUGUGAUUAUGCUGUAUUUUAGUCCAAAGCAGUUUAAGAGAGACACUGGACCAAUGGAAUCUCCAUCAAGACAGGAUUAUGCACUAUUUUUGAGAUUUGAGACUGUAGGAAGUACAGAUGGCUUUCUGCAGUUGCUGAGUGGUGAUGAUAGGUCAAUCAGAAAAAGGAAUCUUUCUCAUUGUGUGGAAUUAGCUUUGACUGGCUCAGGACUUCCUGUCAUAUUAACUUUCAGUCCAGGACCAGUUAUUAAUUUUAUGGACUGUUUCAUGGGUGAAAACACACAGAUUCUGUGCACUCUCAAAAAUGUAUCAGAGUCGCUUCCAGUAACAUACAGUUUCCGCAAAAUUGCUCACUUUAGGAUUUGCCCUCGGAAAGGAAAAAUAAAAGAAAAAUGUGACAAGGAUGUGAUGUUUUCAUUUUCUCCAACUCAAGUAGGAACCUUUAAAGUGAAGCAAGUUGUAGAUAUCAUUGGCUUAGUAAUACAGCAAGAUAAUUUACAGACUUUGAAGAAAACAACCUUUCAUCAGAUAAACUUAAACUUUACUGGUGUUUGCAAAUCUAAACCAAAGAAAAUUGUGUUCAAAAUUAACUCUGGUAUAACACCAAUGAUUUCUAAUGCAACUGGAUAUUUCAUAGCUGAUGAAAUGGGACAGUACAGUGAUCCUGCACCAGUGGCAAUGCUUAAGUCAGCUCAAACGCAAAUUCAUACGCACACAAUAAAUAGGAACUGUAAGAGUGAUGCACUUAUAGCCUUUCCUAAUGACCGCUCAGCCAGCAUUAGGCCUAGUGAACGACAUAAAAAAUACAGGACUAUUUUUACAAAGACUGAGAGAUACCAUUAUGUUGAUCCAGAUUUUGCAUAUACUGACUAUGAAGAACUAGAAAAGCAAGCACAUAAAGAAUACUAUACAGAUUUUAUUCAAAGUUUGAGACAGCAUCGCUUACAGAAAGAAGUUUACAGACAGUACAACAUUCUUAACAAUCCUAUAAACAUAGGACUAAAACCUGGAGCAGGGCUCAAGUCACCAAAGAUCUCAAUGACAGAUUUACUGAAGGAGAAAUUGAAGCCAGAAACUUCUCCCUUAAAUGAGGACAGCCUGCUAACUAGUCGAAAGCUGUCAGCAAUUGAAUCUAAAUCCUCACCCACAGAAGUAUGUGAUGGGCUUAAUGCAGUGCCAGCUUCUCCACAAGAGAAGGAAGAUUGUAAUUUAACUUUGACACCAAAGCAACUUCACCAGAUACUUGUCGGUCCCUCUACUAUAGACUUUGGUGAAGUUUGUGUGUAUUCUACAUCUAUCAAAAAAAUACAUAUAAUCAAUAAUCUGUCUGUGCAUAUCUGGAUACAAGUUGAAAUUGCAAGUGAGGAGCUGCAGCAGACUAGUCCAUUGUCACACGUGGUGCCACCUCUUUCAAAAACAUAUAUUCCAGUUGUGUAUGAGCCAAGCAUCCUGGGAGGUUUUCAAAAAUCUGUCAGUUACACUAUAAACAACAAACACAUGGGGCAUAUACUGGUAACUGCAAAAUCAGUUCCUGUUGCUCUUGAGUUAUCUGCAAAAGAGCUGAUUCUAAAUCCUACCCCUGGCUUCUUAGCAGAAACAGGUUUUAGAGCUACCAUUAGAUUAUAUAAUCGCAGAAAUUAUUUUGCUGAAUUUACUUGGACUCCUGUAAUCACAGAUAAAGGAAUAGCAUUUUCUAUACGGCCAGCCAAAGGCAUUGUAGAAGCAUACAAAGAUCUGGAGUGUGAAGUGGUUUGGCAUCCAGGGUUCUGUUCUCCAGAAACAGGAGAAUUCAAUUUAUGUGUGCAUCAGGGAAAAGCACUUAAGCUGAAAUGCCUUGCAAAGCUUGGUCCCACUAGUGUUCAGUUCAUGGAACAAAGGAUAUCUUUUCAUCAUGCUCCUUUAGGUUUAACUACUUGCAAGACAGCCAUUCUUCAGAACACAGGAUAUAAUCAUGCAUACUUCCAGGUUCUUGAUUCAAACCCUGUACCUGGAAUGACUAUUGUGCCAUCUCAGGGCAUAAUACCUGUGGGAGGCCGUUCUGAUCUCAAGAUCUACUUUACCCCCAAUGCAGUAAUGAAGUUUGAUACCAGAGUAGAGGUAGCAGUUCGCCACACAAAAGCAUUAGAACUUAGGAUUGGUGGAUCUGUAGAGACUCCUGAAGUAGGCAUCAACAUAGAAUCCUUCAACUUUGAUGGCGUUUAUGUUGGUUCUACCCACACCAUUCCUUUUUUGCUGCAGAACAAAGGAGUAGCAUGUGCCAGGGUAGAAUUUGAUUUAUCCAAGUAUAAAGACUUUAAGUUGAACUUUAACGACCAAUCAGUGGUUGACCAUUAUCCUCAGAAACCUUAUUCAUAUUCUGUGGAGUUAAAAGGAAAGUCAACUUUACAAUGCUCAAUAUCCUUCACACCGAAAGAAGUGGCAGCAUAUGACUUUAGUCUUCCAAUAAGCAUUAAUUGUAGUGAGGUUCCACCUUCACAACAAAGCUCUGAACCUACAACUCCUGGAUCUGUAAAACACAUCAUUGUUCCUCGUCCCCAAAUGGUGACUAUGGCUGUUCCUUUAUGUACAGUUCAAGCAACUGUACUUAAGCCACCAUUGCAAUUCUCUACUGCAGAGCUUAUAUUUUCACUUCAUUCAAGAAAUAUAAAUUUAGAUACUGUUGAUGAAAGUCAGAGUACUCAGAAGCUUGGCCUAAAGAAUACCUCAAGGCAACAGUUGACAUGGAAAUUAGAUCUUGACAGUGCAGGCAAAGCUGUUGAGGAUGGUGUUUUUAAAUUUAGUCUAUGCACUGGUGUUCUUGUUCCAAGACAGAAAACUAGUGUCACUGUAAGCUUCUGCCCUCCUUUUCCUGGGAUAUAUACAGCUGAAGUGGCAGUAUUUCUGAAUGAUAGUCCAUAUCAAUACAAGCUCUCUCUCUCUGGUACUGUCAAGUCACCCAAGAUAAGCUUUGACCCUCCAAUUUUGAUACUGAUGCCUGUUCCUCUAGAUAUGAAAACAGGGACAGAUGUGAAUAUUAUUCCACUAGACUACCCAAGGCAAUCAGCACUGCGAGUUGAAAUUCCAGAACUUGAACCUGAAGGUGGUAAUGGGAUUAAUCCCCUUUCUGUGCAGUUCCCACAAGGCCAAGUUAUUGCUGUCUCUUCAGAUGGCUCAAAUGUAGGACUCACAUGUCAUAUCAGCUUCAGGUCAUCUAAGCCACUGUCGUUUUUGGGGAAUAUAUUCUUCAUUGAUGAAGAUGAAAACAGGUUCUUACUUCAAGUUGCUGCAACAGCAGAGAACUGUCUACUUACUGCAUAUCCAUACUUGGCAUUUCACCGCACGGACCAACAAAUUAUCCUGAGAAGUGACCACAAUGGGAUAACACACAACAGUGCAGAAACUAUUUUGCAUCCCUGUUAUGAUCCAGGAUCAGUUUCCCACAGUACCUCCUCCAGUUCCUUUGGCGCAAUUACCAGCUCAACCUAUGAAGAUUCCCCUUCAGAAUUGGAAAAUGCAUUUGAAAAUGAAAGGGAGAAGAAUGAUGAAGACGCCAGGCAAAGCAAGGGGAGAGAGAAUACAUUUGAACAAUCUCUUUUUCCUGAUGGGGAUAGAGUGGAAUCUAUCUUCUUUCAGAAAGUCCUAACUGCUAUUCAGAACUGGUUUACUCUCUUUGGCUGGUCUAAGGGGCCCAAUCCUAUUUCUAUUCCCUGUUCACUAAGACGUGAUAUAUGUAAAGUUCAGAUGACCUCAUCCCAGGAAAAGGGUUUUAAACAAAAUCUUGGCAAAGACACUAAGACUAUUUAUGACAUGCUACUCCAUCUGAGUGGACAGCUGUUACCAGGAAUUACUACAAGUCAGUCAUUGCCCUCUGAUCCUCUUGAGCGAGUGGUACAGCUCCACUGGCAGCAUUCUACAAUGCUCACUUUCCUCAAAAACCAAGGAGCAUGCCUUCCACAUGUAAUGCCUGAAUUUCUACUUGAACUUGAUGAUUAUAAGAAAUGGAUCCGGCUGCGAAUUGCAUUGGAGCUGAAGGUUCAGAGGACUGAGUUGCAAAAAACAAAUGUAAAAAACUCUGACCCACCCAAUGAUAAGCAUCUACUUGUUUUGGAUGACAGAGUUUUUGAGACCAUGAGCAAACGUGUAUGGAUGGAUGUACUACUCCAGGUAUACAAGGUGUUGGUCCUUCCACGUGUUUCACCACUUAAUAUCAGUAAUUUAUUUGGCUCAGAAACCAUGCCAAACAUGCCAAGAAUAAAUACUGAACCUUCAUCCAGUAAUAUAUAUUCUUCAUAUGAAAGAAUCGUCCUUACAUGGCUGAAUAAACAUUAUGAAAAGAACCGAAAAAUUGUGUGGAAAAACUGUCAAAAAGGUGAAGUACCACCUGUGAGAUGGAUAGUGAAUUUUGACAGAGAUCUCUUAGAUGGUCUGGUAUUGGCAGCACAAGUGGCAGCUUAUUGUCCAUAUUUGAUUUCAACUCAUUUUGUUAAUAUGUAUACUAAUCCAGAAACUCCUGAACAGUGUCUGCACAAUUGCUUGAUACUCGUGAGUGCUUUUCGUGUUGUGAGCCUUGACAUAGAUAUACAGGCCACUGACAUCUGUGAUCCAAAUCCAGUCAUGAUGCUUAUGCUCUGUGUCUAUUUGUAUGAAAUACUACCUCAAUAUUUACCCAAGAGGACUAUUGAGUUUACUGGUACACUCCAUGCUACUCUUGUUAAACAGGUGCGUCUGAAAAAUCCAAGUUUUAAACCUUUGAUAUACAGUGCUACAAUUGUAGGAAGAGAGUGUGCUGAUUUCUCUUUACCUAAGGGAAACACUGUUGUCAUUGCCCCGAAGAGCCAAAUAAGUAUAAACAUUGAAUUCACUAGUCGCUUUCUACAUGCUGCUGAAGCAAUGCUGUUGCUGGUUUCGAAGGCUGUAAGUGAAAAAGGAGGAGCAACAAUAACUUUCUCUUUGAAGACGAAAGUGAACCAUAUUGAACCUGCUGGUGUAUUCAGAUGCAAAUCCCCAUGUUAUGAGCUGAAGAAAGUUAGCCUGACUAUUACUAAUCCCUUCAGAACUAAUGGCAUAUUCAGGGUCAUUUUAGUGGAAUCCACAAGCUACUUAAGUGUGCCUGAGCAAUUAUAUCAAGCUAGCCAAGUAACACAAAGUGAAACACCCAGUUUUGAAAGUACCGUACCAAAUAAUAAAAGUGACGUGGUAAAUGAAGAUGCACUGGAAAAUCAAGAGAACAACUUACGCUGCUCUAAUCAAUCCAAUGGCCUGCAAGAGUUCUUCAGUCCGGCAUGCACAUUGGUCUUGGAAGGGAGAAGUUCUGCAGUUCUGGAUGUUUACUUUCUACCAUUUAAUUUGGGAAAGCGUUAUUGCACCAUCAUUCUGAUCAAUGAACUGAUUGGAGAAUUUGUGUACCUGGUGGAGGGAACAGGUGGCAUACCUUUGCCUUCAGGCUUGCUUCCAAUGGAUAGUCCAAAUGUUCUGUGCAAUAGCAGUACCUCAGAAGGUGGAGUAAAUGAAGGUCACAGUGGGGUCCAGCCAGUUCUUUGCUUGAAAUGUGGUCUCACUGACAUUCUUGAGGAAAAGCUGAAGAUCCCAUUGAUUAAUGAAGCUAGAGAGAGGGCUCUGGCCAUUGCAGCACAGCAGCAGAUGUCAGCUCUUGAGUAUGAGCGUAGAAAGGUCACUGGGACACUGGAGAGCAGCAGUGUUCGAGUUGCUGUAGCAGCCUUAGGGCUGUCCAAAACUGAGAGAGAUGAACUGAAUAGGCCUCUUACAUACUCCCAAAAAUUAAAAUCUGUGGAUUACAGCAUAGAAGUGAACAUGCCAGAAUACUUUGAAGUCCCUGCAAAACUCUCUAUUCCAGUGCUGGCCACAAGCAGAGUUAAUUUUAAAGUCUCUUCAAAGGAAGACCAUGAAACUGUGAAUAUGACAGAUGAUAGCACAACAGUUGAGCUCCGUAUAAGGUUUGUUCCCAAAUAUCCUGGUCGCUACCCUUGCCAGAUUCUGCUGCAUUCCUCCUAUGAUAUCCGGGUCUACACGAUCGAAUGUGUGGUGAAUGCAGAUAGUGCAGAGGUUGAACUAGAAUUCAUAACGUCAGCCUAUCAGACGAUUAUUCAGGACAUCCCAAUUAGUAACUUGUCCAGUCAAGACUGGAAACUUAAAGCAAUCCUAGAGGGACAUUUUUUUUAUGGUCCUCCUCUCAUAUAUGUGGGUCCAGGUGAAACAACACAAUAUUCUCUCAUGUUCAAGCCCACCUCGGAGUGUAUAACUACGGGUAAGCUCAUUCUACAAAAUGAAACAGAUGGCACUGAACAUAUCUUCAGCCUUAAAGGAAUAGGGAAGAAACCUCUUGCAUUGGAUCAUAUCGUGAUAGACUGCCAAGUGAGACAAAAUACUCAAAAGGUCUUAAUGGUGCCCAAUUUUACUAAGAAAAAGUUGACAUACAAGGUGACUUCAAAUCUUCCAGUGAUUGGUGGCACCCCAACCCUCACUGUAGAACCUGAUGACACAGCUGCUUACACUCUGAAUGUAUUUCCAUGGAAACGAGGGAUACUUCAAGGUGUAAUUUCAUUUGCUGCUGAAUUCGAAGAACAACAGCAGCCUCAACAUAACAAAUCACCGGAGGAGACAGAUGGUGAACAGGGCCUUCAGAAAUUGUCAACAGAGACAUUGCAAACUGUUGAUGCAGCAAACACUGGAGGAAAGACUUCAUGUUGCCAAGUGUGGUUUUCUUUGGAGAUUAAUAGUAUGCCUGCAGCACCUGAAAGAAUCCUGGAAGUGAAAUGUACAGUUCUGAACACUACUAAAAUUGAUAUUCCUAUCACUAAUCCUACGGAUGAAAGUCUCCAGUUAAACGUGGUGUUAACGGAUGCUGCACUUAGUGGAGAAACAGCUCUUGUUCUUAAGCCAAACGAAACUCUUCUCUAUGAAAUGAAGUAUUCACCAGCUGUAAUUGGCACUUCAGAUGGAAGUGUCAUAUUCCUGUCAGAGGCGGUUGGGGAGUUUUGGUACAUGCUGAAACUGAUUGUUGAAGAACCAUUGUCAACUACGUUACCUGAAAUAGCAUGCGAGCUUGGAAAAUCGGUCCGUCUGUAUGUUCCUCUUCCUAAUCCUACAUACGAAACCCUAAAACUGGAAAUUUUCAACAGCAACCCUGGAAAUUUUUCAAUUGAGGCAGACCCAAGCAAGCCUUUGAUUGUGGCUCCCCAAUCCACCACUGAAGUACCUGUUCAGUUCUGUCCUUCUGCUCUUGGAAGAGCUAAUCACCAGGCUUCAGUAACCUUCAUGUGUCCACAGCUUAAUAAAUGGGUAUUUCACCUGUUGGGGGUUGGCCUCAUUCCCCAGCCAAUGGAACCAGCUAGCAUAAGUACUUGUGUUGGUCGUCAUUCUUCCAUCAUCAUACCCUUCAAAAACCCUACUAGUGAAGAUAUAUUGGUAGAUGUGCUUUUAACAGAUCACGAACAACCCAUACAUCGUGUCAGUGCAUCUGUCGUACGCAAAUCCUUCAGUAAGGAAUCUGCUUUCCAUCUUCCACUCAAGCAGACACAAGGAAUCCUAUUAUCACCAAAAAGCACAUUGGAUAUCCCAGUUUUAUUUAUGCCUGAUACAAUGAAACUAUAUGAAGCUGUGGUAGUUGUCCAUGUGGUUAAGGAGAAUGGUGAAAACUGGCUCUGUGAGGAUCUUGUAGAGUUAAAUAAAGAACUGAAAAGUGUUACUUUGUCAGAGAAUGGGGAAAUCUAUGGAAUACGCUGGAUCUACCCAAUUAAUGGAAUCCCAGAAGCACCACCUCAGAAGUUAGUUCCAGCUGUUGUACGCUGUCAAGCCAGACAGAGAGUAGAAGAGAGAGUAGAGGUUCUGUUAACUGGUGUAGUUCCUGGAACAACCUCUAUGCCAACAGCAAGAAAUGCUACCACCACAACAAAUAAGUCAUCUAGCAUCCAAGAUGAAGUUCAAGUCACUGCCGGGUUUUCUACAACAGAUGAAUUUUUAUAUGAAAUUCAAUAUAAAUCCAAUAAAGUUAAAUCUCAGCUUGAGUCUUCAGUAGCUAUAAAUCUAGUGCAAAAGGAUCGGAAUGCAGAAUCUGGAAUUAUAACACUGAUCUUCAAUAUAAUAUUUGCACCUAACAAACCAAUGAGGAAUUCAGCAACCCUGAUGGUACAAUGUACUACAGGAGGUAUCUGGAAGUUUCCAAUACUGUUAAUUGCUACUGAGCCAGAUGUGGAUGAUGUCAUCAAUAUUGAAGCAGCUGGCUUAAACAAGGAAUCACUAGUUGGCUUUAGGCUUACAAGUCAGACAAGGUACCCAGAACCAUUUAUGGCAUACUUCCUACCAGGCAGCGACCCAGAAUUUGUUGUAUUACCUCAAGAUGGAGAACUUCUUCCACUUGACACUGUUGGAACCCCUAUAACAGUAGGAUUCAAACCAAGUAUGUACAGCAAGAAGCAUAAAGCAAUAUUAGUGAUUCAGACCUCGUCAAUGCAAUGGACAUAUGAGAUCAAUGGUCUUCCUCCACAGACCAAACCACCUACUACAUCAGCAAAAGUAAUUUCUACUGGUGGUUACAUACGAUCAGCCACAGUUCGACAGCGCAACUUUUUACGUGAAAAUCUGAAGCUAAUAACCACUGGUGCAUCUUCCCCCAUCAAAGGUGCACCUCUGGUCUUGAAGACAAAAUAGAAAUAGAAUAGCGUCAAUUUGUGUUCUCUAAAAAGUGAACCUUUUAAAUAAAUAAAUAAAUAAAUAAUGUAAACAAGUUAUUUUCUUAUUUUCAUAAAUUUAAAAAACAACAAAUAUUGUAAUGAUUGUGUCAGCAAGAAACUAAAUAUAUUUAUUUCUCUCUGAAAGAGUGGCGUACCAGGUGAGAAAUAGCCUUAACCCUCAGGAAUUCUUCAAAUUUUUUUCUGGUAACAAAUUUGUAGUAAAAAUUUUUAAAAGGGGUUUUGUUGAAAACACUAUUUUUGGUUGCUGUACCUUUAAAAACUUCAUUUCUCAAUCUGAUAUAUGAUUUGAACAUUUUUAGGCUUUACAUAUAUUAGACUAAGUUUGAAGGGUUUCUCUAUUAUAAGAUAUCUGAAGUUUGUGUUUCCAUGGAAUGUUAAAAUAGGUACAAUUGAUAAUUUGUACCUAUAUAUAUAGGUACAAUAUAUCUAUAUCGAUUGAUCAAUUGAUUGAGAUAUAUACACAUGCCAUGCUUUAGUAUUUCCAAAACGAAGUAUUAAAGCACAGCACCGUAGCAACUUCACCAUAUGGUGGCAUGUAGAUGCGCCCAUAUAUAUUUUUAUAUUUACAUCUACAUGUCACCAUAUGGUGACAUUGCUACGGUGCUGUGCUUUAGUACUUCCUUUUGGAAAUCCUAAAGCAUGAUGCAGUAACAGCCUGUACUGUGCUGUGCAAGUGACACACAGUUAGAUUUUGCAGUUACUCCACUAUAGCGCUGCGGUAAAAUGAAGGAAUAUGCCACUACAGGGAAAUAGGUGCCAAUCACAUGUAGACUCACAUGAUUGCUAUGUUGGUAUAGCACACCAUACGGUGAUGUAACAUAUCGCAAUGGCGACGUAAGGUGACAUGUAGUUACACCCUAUCUAUAUUGAUAUGUAUAUCACACAAAUUGCAGGGACUUCUGUUUUCAACUCUGUUUUUUUCCUAAUUAAAAAAUGAAGAUGGAGAGCUGUGGGCUAAUGCAGGACUUACUAAACAACUUCACAGUCUUAGAAAAGUUUGAACAGGAAACACUUUGUAUAUUGUGCUCUGUCAAGCACUCUUGCAGUAUACCUACACAAAGCAAGCUGAUCUCUUUCAAGAUGAAAACACUUGCACCAAGUUUACAGAAGUUUGGUAAUGUUACAUUAGUUCAUGCUGCAGCCUGAAUAACUUUCAGAUGCUCUUGCUUUGGAACAUUUCACUAAUUUCAACAUCCUUCAUUGCUCAACCUGAGAAUCCCGAGUGUUUUUGACUUUGAAGCAUUUCAGAAACUUAAGGCAUUUUUACAUCUGCUCUGGAGGUGGAGGUGGUGGCGGUAAAGUAUCAGAGUCCCCAUGCUUCAAAAUGGCAGCAGGGGUGCUUUAUCUAAAUCUUGUCAAAUGAGCUUUAGUUAAAAUGCUCCCACUACCAUUUUGAAGUGUGAGGAUACUGAUAUACAAGACCUGGAGUCUGGCUGGAGUGUACUAAUUAGUACAUGCCAGCAGACUCAAUUGAGUCUGCUCUAAUGCGCUGUAAUAACAGUGUGUUGGAGCAGCUUCCUGGUUCAUGUAUAGGCACCCGUAGGGCACUGACAGCCAUAGAAAAAAAAACCCCCAGCACUACUGGAAGAGGGAUUGGAUCAGCUAUUAGUUAAAAUUGUCAAAAUGCCCUGCUGAAGCAUGCAAUCUAUGCAGAUACUGGGGAGCCAGAUCAAACUGAUGUGGUUCCCCUUCUGGGCAAUUGCUGUGCUUGGCACAGGAGCACAUUGAGCUGAAAUUAAAGCGCUAUUUUUCCCCCCAUGUCUGUCAGCAGAUUUUAGAUGACUACAUCCAAGAACAAACAUGUCGGAAGAAAGGCGAUAAAAAGGAGAUUAAAACAUACUUCAGUUUCACUGUGCAUUAGACAGCCCUUCCAAACAUAUUGAACUUUAAAAAAAUACUAAAACACUAUGUAAAAAAUAGUGGAAAUAACUACACAGAUUUUAUUUCCAUUAUGAAAUAGUAUAUAUAACUGAGAGGCACACUGUACUUCCAUGUAAAAUCACUCGUGGAAAGGGGGUGAUGGUGAAUAUGUAGAAUAUCUUUGAACCUGGAUAUGGUGUGGGAAAGGAGAGCUAUGUAACCUUGGUUUGAAAGAAGCAAACUGACACAGGACAUAUAACUUCUAUUCUUCAAGGUUUUGCUCUGCAUUCAUAUGUAAUGAAUUUUGUUACUCAUAAUAAAUUACAAAUAAUAACUAUUCCCUUGCUUUAAUACUUUGAUGUAGAGAAAAAUAAAAACAUGGUAGCAUUUCAUCAUAAAUAUUUACUUGAAAUGCUUUCCUGGGACAAGUAAGAAAUUAAUAUUGUUGCUCAAGAGUGAUUAAUCAAUGGUGCUCCUUUAUGUAGGCCAACAAUAAAAUCAUUUUGCUCUUA